AUGACGUGGUCUGGCGGUAAAGACAUAGUAGAUCAGAUAUUUGAUGCUGGAUAUUGGCUCGUCUCGAAAAGUGCUGUUUUAGGUGAUGAGAUCAAGAACCAUGUCGAAAAAUCAAUUGAAUCCAUAUCUGAAAAGAUGUCCAAUAAAGAGACUCCUCGACUACAGGAAAGCAAUAGUAACAAAUUUAAAGCGUACAAAACGUUGAGGAUCGGGUUCCAGGAUCAUUGGAAAUUGGGCUUGGGGAUUUCCGCCACAUCCUUAUGCUUAUACCUUGGAUAUCGGACUUUUUUCAAACUACCACCUUAUUUACCUGAAGCGGAAUCCCAAGUGGUGUUGAUAUUGGGUGAUAUGAAUGAUCCUAUCAUAAGGAAUCAAGUGAUGGAUUUAUAUCGUAGACGUUUCACGGUAUACAUUUGUACUGAAAAUGCAGACGUUUAUAAGAAGCACGAAGAAGAUCAGGAUUUUGUAUAUUACAUUGAUCCUACCUGCGAAGAAGACUUUGAAGCCUUUUUUCUUGAUGUGCCAAGGCUAGCAUCAAUAUUGUUUAUGCCUAGGUUAUCAUAUCAUCCAUCUGGAGCAAUUUCGUGUGACUCAUUGGAAUCUGAAAUUCAUUCAAGUAUAUUGGUGUAUCAUCAAGCAUUAUUAACAAUUAUUCCCCAUUUGAAGAGAAAUACCCAACUAAUUAUGUUCAAUCCAUCUUUGACAGCGGAGCUGAACCUAGUCCAUCAUAGUACUGAAAUUAUAAUGUCCAGCAUCAUCGAUUCACUAUUUAGAAUUUUCAAGAAUUAUCGGAGGUUAAAUGUUUCCAUGAUCAAGCUUGGUAUCUUGCAGAUUGGAUCACAGCCAUCCAAUUAUAAAUUUUUGACGAUGGCCGGUUCAGAUAUCCACGAAGCUCUACAUUACCCAGUCUACAAAUUGAUAAUGAGUGCAAAUGGGUAUAAACUAAGGCAACUGUUGAGUUGGCUAACGACUUGGGGAGGUUGCAAUAGUGUGUAUCAUUGCGGUCGUUUUAGUUAUUUAAUCUCAUGGCCAUUUGCUUCACUUAUAUAUAACCAUCGUACACGUUUUUCCCUCAAGCGUUUAAAAAAAAACUUAACCAAGGCAUAUAACAGCAUUAUUUCGAUUCUUCCCCAGUCAUCUUCCAAAUCAUCCAAAUAA